AUAUACAAAGUUUUGCACUCUCCGCCCAUCCCUUCAUUCUCUACUGAGCUCGGCUUCGUUUUACAGAGAAGGGAAGGGACGAAGAGAGCAGAGCAAAUUAGGAGAAGAAGCGUUUUUGUGGUAAUUUCCACCCAUUUUUGUAGUUUUCCUUGUUUAAGUCAGAAUAUUCGUAUUCGUAUACCCUUAUUGUUAUACAUGAGUAUUGAACUUUGUUUUUGUGUUGUUGGUGGAGGAAAAUUUUGAAUUUUUAGCAAACUUAGUUCAUACAUAAGUGUGGGAAGCAUCCGUUUCUUAUAUCUGUGGGAUAUAAAAGAGGGCUCUGGUGGUGUUGAAUACUGCAAAACUUUGGGGAGAUAAUUCUAUUUUCUAUAAUGUUUGAACAUAUGGGUAGAAGAAGGGCAAAAGGUGUGGGAAAUGAGGAGCUGUUGAUGAAUUCUGGAAUUGGGUUCUUGUGGUGUCCCCAAGAUGAGAAUUAUCACAUUGGGGGGUUGUUUGCAUGUGUGGGGCAAAUGGGGAUGGGAUUUGGGAUAUCCUCAAAAUCUACAGACAAUGCCUUAAAGCUUCCGAUUUCUUUCGGGAAGCACGGGUUGCCAGAACCUGGUCUGUCUAUGGGUGGAAUGGUGCCGGGUGAAGCUUUGAAAGUUGGAGAGGAAGGGGUGCUGACUACGAAAAAUAAGAAAAAAAGUGGUCUCAACUUAAAAGUUAAGAUUGGGAAUCCAUCGUUGAGGAGGUUGAUAAGCGGAGGGAUUGCAGGUGCAGUUUCACGUACUGCAGUGGCUCCACUGGAGACAGUAAGGACUCAUUUGAUGGUAGGUAGUUGUGGCCAUUCAACGACUGAAGUAUUCCAGAAUAUAUUGAAGCAUGAAGGAUGGCAGGGCUUAUUCAGGGGUAAUCUCGUGAAUGUUAUUCGGGUUGCACCAAGCAAGGCAAUAGAGUUAUUUGCUUAUGACACAGUUAAGAAGCAGCUGACACCAAAACCUGGAGAGCAUCCCAAACUAUGCAUACCUGCUGCUCCAAUUGCAGGUGCUGUUGCUGGAAUUAGCUCUACCUUAUUCACUUACCCGCUCGAGCUGCUCAAAACUCGACUCACUGUGCAGAGGGGCGUCUACAAAAAUCUUGUCGAUGCAUUCCUGAAAAUUGUAAGGGAAGAGGGACCUGCAGAACUAUAUAGAGGCCUCACUCCGAGUUUAAUAGGAGUAAUUCCAUAUGCUGCCACAAAUUAUUAUGCCUACGACACUUUAAGAAAGUCUUAUAAGAAAGUCUUCAAUGAGGAGGAAAUCGGAAAUAUUGCUACCCUUUUAAUUGGAUCUGCAGCUGGUGCAAUUUCAAGCAGUGCAACUUUCCCUCUUGAGGUGGCUCGAAAACAUAUGCAAGCCGGCGCUCUCAAUGGGAGACAAUACAGAAACAUGCUUCAUGCCCUUUUAAGUAUACUUGAACACGAAGGGGUCUCAGGUUUAUACCGGGGCUUAGGGCCGAGCUGCAUGAAAUUAGUCCCUGCUGCUGGAAUUUCUUUCAUGUGUUAUGAGGCAUGCAAGAGAAUACUGGUCGAGAAGGACGAUUCAUGAAAAAGCAAACAGGCCAAGGAAAAGGGCUCGACCUUGAGGAGUUCCAAUUCUUGUUCUCUCAUUUACAAAGGUGAUUAAAGAUGACAUCCUUUCAUCUUGUUUUCUUAUUUCCUAUGGAGGAAUAUUAUUCAUGAGAGAUAGAUAGUACUUGUGUUUUGGCUCUACCGGUUGGUUUUGGUUAAGAGUUUUUUCUUUUUCAAACUGCCAUACGGUUCUUCUAGGUGUUCGCAGAAUAAUUCCGGUUUCAAUGCAUUGAAAUAAUGUAAUUUGCAAAACCUAUUGCUUUUACCCUCUGGAAAAUGUUGUAAGAAGUAUUAGAAAAACCGCUAAUUUAUGCAAUGCAUUGCUAUUGUCGAUAUUAGUUAUUAGCAUAACUAAUCUUCUACCCAUAGUGGGCAAAAGAUAUGUUGCCCACCACAUUAUCAGUAUUUUAGACCUCAUCAGUGAUUUGGCUAACACUACAUGUUGCCACAUCAUUGGUGGGCAACAUAUUUACUUUCCAUAGUGGGCAGAAGAUCAGUUCUGCAGACUGCAGUUAUUAGUUUC